CAGAGCAGAAUGCGGUAAUGCGCGAUCUUAUUACACGUCUCUGUGCACGAGACUUCCGAAAUCUAAAAAAAAAUCCACCAGAGCAAUUAAUAAUAAAUCAAUGAGAAAAACAAAAGGCCAAAGAUGUACGUAAAAACGUGUGACAGUGUAACGUAAUGGGAUUUAUUUCAGUGAAGUGCAAUCGAAAAAUAUCCAAAUAUAGAGUCAGUGGAUUUGAUGUUGAAUGGCGAGGGGGUGGAAAGGGUUGAAAACAAGGGCUGUGUGAGGCCUCGGAAGCGUCAGGACCUUGGAAGAGAUUAAAAAAAAGCUGGAGUGAAUAACGUAAGAAGAAACAAACCCGAGCAGCAACACUAGAAAAGUGAAGUAAUCAUUGACUCCCAUCGAAGGAAAAAAAAAUAAAUCUCAAGAUGUCGUCUGGCCACAGCAGUAGAAGUCGCAGUGUACACAUAAGUUCGAUAUUUCAGAAGAUUCAGGGACGUUUUGCUGAUGCUAUGACACCACCAAAAUUAUCAACCGACAAAAGAAUGCUCGAUAAAACCUGGAAACUUAUGGACAAAGUUGUUAAACUCUGUCAACAACAGCGAAUGAAUUUGAAGAAUUCACCACCAUUCAUUCUCGAUAUACUGCCAGACACUUAUCAACGUUUACGUUUGAUAUACAGUAAAUACGAGGAUCGUAUGCACGCAUUGCACAGCAACGAACACUUCUGUGUGUUUAUUAAUAAUUUAAUGAGAAAAUGCAAACAGGCUAUUAAGUUAUUUAAGGAGGGUAAAGAGAAAAUGUUCGACGAGGCAUCGCAUUAUCGUAGAAAUCUAACGAAAUUGAGUCUCGUGUUCAGUCAUAUGCUGUCUGAAUUGAAGGCCAUAUUUCCAAACGGCGUCUUUGCUGGUGAUCAAUUUCGCAUCACUAAGUCCGAUGCUGCUGAAUUUUGGAAGGAACGAUUUGGUAACAGUACUUUGGUCCCUUGGAAAAUAUUUAGACAGGAAUUAAACCAAGUUCACCCGAUAAGCUCUGGACUGCAGGCAAUGGCACUAAAAUCAACAAUCGAUCUUACCUGCAACGAUUACAUUUCAAAUUUCGAGUUUGAUGUUUUCACCAGACUUUUUCAACCUUGGUCAACCUUAUUACGUAAUUGGAAGAUAUUGGCAGUCACUCAUCCUGGUUAUGUGGCUUUUCUUACCUACGACGAGGUCAAGGCACGUCUGCAGAAAUACUGCAUCGCUAAACCAGGAAGCUAUGUCUUCAGACUGAGCUGCACGAGAUUAGGACAAUGGGCAAUUGGAUAUGUCACAUCAGAUGGUGAUAUUUUGCAGACAAUUCCACAUAAUAAAAGCCUGUGUCAGGCACUCCUAGACGGAUAUCGAGAAGGCUUCUACUUGUAUCCAGACGGUAGGAAUAUAAAUCCAGAUUUAACAUGGGCGGUUCAACCAACACCAGAGGAGCACAUCAAAGUGACAGCCGAACAGUACGAGCUGUACUGCGAGAUGGGUAGUACAUUCCAAUUGUGCAAAAUCUGCGCUGAACAUGAUAAGGACGUGAGAAUAGAGCCUUGUGGACAUUUAUUAUGCACACCGUGUCUGACAGCCUGGCAGGUAGAUUCGGAAGGCCAAGGGUGUCCGUUCUGUCGUGCAGAGAUUAAGGGUACUGAGCAAAUCGUUGUGGAUCCGUUCGAUCCGCGCAGAACUCAUCGACCUGGUGCACAAUCAGCAUCAGCCAGCAAUGCAUCAACACCUACGAGGGAUCUUGACCCUGACGCCGAGAGUUUUACAUCUGCAUUGUUGAGUUAUUCAUGGAUAACCGAUGGAUUCAAGGACAUCAUUGAGUUAUGCAAUGGAAACUGCGGACUGAUGUGUGACGAUUCGGACGACGAGGAUGACUCUAGCUUAACGAAUUCACCGGUGCAGUCGAGAAGAAUUGUUCCUAGUCCACCCUUACCACCUAGGAGGUCACCAACUCCAAACAAUCACUCGAGAAAUACUCGUCAUUUAACAGUGCCAAAGGAAAAUGCACCUCCACCACCUACUGUCACUGUUAUUCUCUCCUCCAGUGAAUAUAAUAACAAAGCAACAGAUGAUAAGAGGUACGACCUUCUUCACCGUGCACUAUCAACAUCUCCAGUCCCUCCAACAUCAUCCACCCACGUGCGACCUCCAGCGCGUUCAGUUCAACGAUCGCCUCCAGCAUUGCCUGAAAAAUCAGGUCGUCACUCAUCCCAAUCCCCACUAACAGGACCACCAGUGCCACCACCUCUGUCAGCUCCAAGACCACCGAAAAAUUUGAAAGACACAUCAAAGCAGAAUCACGAGUACGAGAACACCACGACGAUACCCGGUACCAACAAGCACGUGGUAAAAAAUAUCAAUCUCGAGGCUAAUCGCGCCAAGUUUACCGCCCUGAUGAGGAGCAGGGAAGAGCCAGGGGGAUCAGCGCAUAAAACAGAAGCCGCUGCUUACGAAAAUGUUAAUGUUGAACAUAUCGCGAGGCUCACAGCACUUGGAUUUGCACAGGAUGCUGUUAUCAGAGCACUGGGAAUAACGAGAAACGAUCUAGAUAUGGCGUACGAUAUUCUCAAUGAGUUCGCCACUAAGUCCUCCUGACCAGGAAGCCAGGCAGAUGGUUCGUGACCUCCCAUUCCUCCUCGACGGUACGUCUGAAAAAUCCAUCGGAGUCUGGAUUGAUCAUAACCAACUGCUAAGACAUUCAACUACCUGCGGGAAAAUGAAAUCUCAAAAAUCACCGGAAUUUCUUCCAUUUAUCGGAAGAUAACUCGAUUUUGGGAAUCGGAAAAAUUCUGGGUGUUAGAGAUAGAGUAAAUCGACGGGUCGUGGAGCAAAAAUUGGUACGGGAUCAUAUCUCCGGAAACACAGUAUCUGUUGAAAUUGAAAUACAUAUUCACGAUCCAAGUGUAUCACAGGCAUUUUCAUUUUCUCCGUUAUUUCACGUGAAAUUCGUCGGAUAACAUUAUUAUUUCAUAAUACUAAACUUAAGUCGAAGUCAGACUACAAAUUAGUAAUAAUUCAUAAUCAUAAUUACGCCAUUUGCAUGAUUAUUACUAUUAUUUAUUUAUUAUAGUGUAUUCGUCAAAUGUGAUAUUUAUGUUUAACAUGUUAUGUUAAUCACGUCAUUAUAUCAUUUAUAAAUGUGUCAUGAAAAAUGUACAAAUCUGCAGAAUUUUCUUUUGUUACCCUUAAAAUUUUCUAAAAUAUUCUCUCCACAUUUAUUUGUGUGGAUUAUUUAAAUUUAACACUUCGAAAUAUUUAUGAGCAAUUGUUCUUCAGUAAAGUUCAUCGUCUCCAAUGCAAAAAAAAAUCAUUGACUGAGCAGAUUAAGAGAAAAUCCAAUGAAAAAAAAUGUAAAUACGAACACCAAAAUUAAUUUAUUAUUACUAUUAAUUGAUAGUCCCAUCGUAAUCUCUAGUAUCAGAAGACGCAAAAAUUUUAAAAAUUGCUGGUAGAUUUCCACCCGAUGUAUGUAUACGAAACUUGUCCCCUUAAUAGCAAAAUUAAAAACAAAAAUAACUUGAAGAAUUGUGUAAAAAUCUUAAAAUUUCAAUCAGCGAUAGCAUUUUUUUCUGAAACAAUAAAUGGAACAUAAAUAAUUCAAAUUAUUGAUGGAAAAAUUAUCUCCACGCCUGUUACAAUUUCAGCCAUUUCGAAAUGUUUCACGGUUCGAUAAAGAAUGAAUAAAUAUGCAUCGACGAAGACAGAACGAAAUUAUCAGUCAUUUUGGCUGAAAUAAAAUGUUAAAUUUAUAAAAGUGACUCUGCACUGUCAAAGAUUAAUAAAACGGGUAAAAAAAUUGGGAAAUCGCUGGAUUCAAUCUAGAAAUUUCUCACGAGUGGAAAAAUUGAAACAAAAAGAAAUUGAAUCAAUUGACAAAUGAUCCUUGGGAUGUUUUAUUCGUAAAGCAGUUAAUGGACUUAGCUAUCCUAUUUUUCUACAUUUAAUAUAUGCAUUAGUGUAUUUCUCCCUUAAUACCAUUAAAAGUUGAAUUCAAACUAGUGGAAAAUUUUGCAUUAUCUUUAAAUUCUGUUGGAAAUUGGUGAAGCAAUAAAAGUCCUAAUUCACGUAUUACUCAAUAUUUAGUCUGAAACAAGAAAGAGAAAUUUGAAAGAAUUUAGAAGUGAAAUGGAAAAUUUUCUGGCAGUUGUCAUUUUCUAAUAAAGAAUUGAAAAAUAAUUUUGUCUCUAACUAAAUCGACAGAAAAAUCUGAGACCAAUUGACUUCACAGAGAUUAUUCAUACCAAUCAUAAAAUGUAAAAAUGGUAGAGAAUUUUUAAUGAGCAAUUAUCCACGAAAUGUUGAGUAUUGAAAAGCGAAGAGAAGAAAUUUCCUUGAAAAUGUUUGGAGAUGUUUUCUAAGAAAUUAAAAAAUGAAUACAUGAAUAAGUUCUGAGGAUAUCUUGUACCACAUUGCAACAGAAUUUAUCCACCAAUUAACCUCGGAUUCUAUUCAGAGGCGGGGAUAAUGGAUAAUGAACAAUGCCGUGCAAUCCGUGCAUUGAUAACUUCCUCGUUGAUUUAACUAUUGGCUGUAUACAUUAUUUUAUUAUCAAAAGAAGAAUAAAGUAAUGUAAUAUUUAUAUUAGAAUUUUUUUUUGAAACUUGUGUUUUGUGUAUUCCUGUGUAUAAUUCCAAAAAUAAAUUCAAAUUUACGCAUCAUGUGGUCGAAAUUAACGCCUGAUGGUUUAUUUAUUAUUUAUUUAAGUAUCACACAUAUAUUAAACAGUGAAUGCCAAGGAGAAA